UUAUAUUCGACAAUUACCGUCAGAAACUCGGUGCACUCUUUCACACGAAUCAGGAUGUUUAUCAAAGAGCCGUGCUGCGACUCGCUUCAGCGCAGAGAUUCCUAAACCAGAAUGCCUUGCGCUUCAAUGCACUGCAGGGCGUUGUCGAUAUGUAGUCAGUUACUAAUAUUCUUGCCGAAAGACCAUAACCAAGUAAACAUGCGAGUUGCAGUCAAGCUCAUUAUCUUCUCAGCGAUUUUACAAACUGGUGUCUCGUUGACGUGUUACAGUUGCUAUUCUAAAGUCAACUGGACUCACUGUGAUGAACAACAACAAAAGUAUAUCUGUGAACCGUGGCUGGACGUGUGCGCCAAAUCAAGGGCCUCUUUCGACUACAUGGGGUUAAAGUUUGAUGUUUACGAGCGGGGUUGUUUUAAAGGUGAUUAUUGCAACACAAUGGCUUGCAAGUUCAUUAGCCAAGCGGAAAACUGUGAUAUGCAGUGCUGCGAUUAUGACUUCUGUAACGAUGCUGCUCUUCCAACUAACCGCAAGAUUCUUGUCGGGUGCUUGGUGCUUUUUACACUGUUCAAAUAUGUGAUAUAUCGUUAAGAUUAGAGCGAUUGCACUGAACAAAAGAAACAGAUAACGAUUUUGGCCGUUGCAUCGGGAUAUUGUUGGGUAAAAAGUUUGAAACUCUUUCACGCUACGCUGCAAACCAAGCUUCAGUUCCAAAUAUUAAUUCAUACUUAAGAAGGAAUUUGUUCAAUAUUAUUUAUGAGAAUCAAGUUAGGAGCAUUCUCAUCGCCUCUCUUCUAGUUUAUAUAUUUGAUAACUUAAGACAAAAUGCCUUAAAACGCCAGUUUUGAGAAAUGCAGCAAGACGAGGAAAAAACCUUCUCAUCUUUGUAAAACGUAAAAAUUACGUGUAAAUUCCAGCUAAAGCUAACUAAAGUAAAUUUGUAGUCAAACGUAA